AUGUUAACCCCAAAAACCCUAAAAAAAUUACAAAACGAACAAAAAAAAUUAGACGGAUUUAUUGUUCAAAAAAAUAAUAUUACUGAUAAUUUUGAAACCGGAAAAAAAAAAAGUUUAAAUGAUUUAGAAAUUAAGGAAAGAGACGAAGAAAAAUUAGCCAAACGAAAAGAAGAAUUAAUUUUAAUUAAAGAAAAGGCCAAAAAAUAUAUAGAAAAAAUGAGUAACAGUUUUUUGAAUGAGAUAGAAGUAGAAAAAAAUAAAACCAAAGUCAUCAAAGAGAAAAAGAUUGAGCAGUUGGAAAAAGAAUUAACCAUUUUUGUUGGCAAAUUAGAACGAAUUCGAAGUAAUCGUAUUUCAUUGGAAGCCAUUAGGGGAUUGAUAAUAAACUGUCAAGGUGAAAAAAAACCUUUGAAAGCCAUUGGUAAUUUGCGAAUUUCCCCCGCCCACGAAUUGGUGGUGCGGGCUUUUGAACCAAAAUUUAUUCCUUUAAUUAGUAAAACAAUUUUAGAUAAACAAUUAGGAUAUAAAUUAGAAAGAAGCACCAAAGAAGAAGUUUAUUUUACUCUUACUCCGUUUACAAAAGAAAUCAAAGAAAGGCUGAUUACUGAGGUCAAGUUAAUUACCGAAGAGGGAAAAAAAGAAUUUCGUCUUAUUCACCAAGAAAUAAAAAACUGGUUAAAAAAAACCUCCAAUCUCUCCCAGGACCAAAAAAAAAAUUAUGAAAAACAAGGGGAUAAAUUGGUUAAAGAUUAUCAAGAUAAAUUACUGGGAGCAGAAGAAAAGAAAAUUAAAGAAUUGAAUUCUUAA